AUGCCAAAUGCCGAGUCGAUCCAUCUCAUCACACAGAAUGUUGACGGGCUUUCCGGGCGAGCUCUGCAUGAAGUUGGAUCGCUCGACGCUUCGACACUGGCGAAUGCGCAAAAGUCGAUCAUUGAGAUGCACGGCAACCUCUUCAAGACGAUCUGCACCAGCUGUGGUGACACACACAUCGAUAUGCGCCAGCCGCUCAGCGACGGAUUAAGGGGCACCGAGGAUCUCUCUGGCGCGUACAAAUCCAUUGCCGCGGAGCAGCUGCCGCGAUGCGCGGUGGUCGGUUGCAAUGGACUUUUACGACCCGGCGUUGUUUGGUUUGGCGAGUCGAUCCCAGAGCUGGACCGAAUACAGCCGCUUAUUUCUCGCUGCGAUCUCAUCUUGGUCCUUGGCACUUCUUCUACAGUCUAUCCCGCGGCCGGCUUUGCCGACGUUGUUAGACACUCCAAUCACGGUCGGGUAGCAGUGUUCAACAUCGAGGAUCCCGCAUCUUCGACAGACGGUGACGUGGAUUGGUACUUUGCUGGCCCCGUAGAGAGGCUUUUUCCAGAAGUUCUGGGCUUGUAG